CCGUUGUUCCAUUCUCAUUAUCUUAACACCUUCUUUAUCUUGCUUACAAAAACAGAGUUAGCACCGGCCCUGAAGAGACAAUUCGAACAAAUAUAUCAUAAAAUAGAAGGAAUGAACCAUAAAAUAGAAGGAAUGGACCAUAAAAUAGAAGGAAUGGACCAUAAAAUAGAAGGAAUGGACCAUGAAAUAGAAGGAGUACAUCAUCAAGUAAAGAAAGUACGACUUCACAGUGAAAUCUGGCUUAGUGCUCCAGCUACCGCAACAGAAACUGAGAAAGGAUGUUAUGUGAAAGAACAUGCUUCUCCUAUUAGUUUCCCAUUUCAACUGACCGCGAUGACCCGAAGAAGAGAACCUGGAAAGUUUAAAAGCCCGCCUGACCCCCAGGUCUCAGAAGAAAUCUUACAAGAAUAUUUUAUUAGCGAAUGCAAAACAUUCCGAGCAUUCGGGAAUUCACAACUUGAAGUUCAAGAUUCGCAUUCUAUUCCCUUGCUGGCUACUCGAAAGCCCGACUUUGUAUUCAUUGCAAAAGGGGAUCCUCUAAAUGCAUUACAUGUUGUCGCCGUUGGCGAAAUAAGGAAACGGUCAGGGAAUGAUUUUACAAAUGCCGAUGUAGGACACGCAGUAUCAUUUGGUGAAAAGGUACUCCAACUUCAGCCGAGGAGAGCCAAUGUAUAUGUGGUGUUGACAGAUUGCAGAGAUAUUUGUAUUUACAAGGUGACUAGGCGCGAUAUUGAUACCAGUGACAAUAUCCAAUUCUCGUAUCAAUCCAUACCAGUGGCGAAGUUAACUUAUGAAACCAAGGAUACCCCUUCACCAGGGUGGAAAUACCUUGUGACUAUUACGGAAUGCUCUAAGGAACAGCUUGGAUGGGUCGAUCCAUCUCUCUCCUUCGGUUUAGAAACUGUAAGACUGAUUCAACCGAUCAGUGCAGGAAGGACUAGCACCGUAUAUUUAGGAAAGCGUGAUGAAAAGGAAACAGUGGUCGUGAAAAUAGCAAAAAGCAAAGAUUAUUUGUCUUGUUUUAAAAGGGAAAAAAGCGCACUGGAAGAUCUUUCGAGUUUGAAAUCACCUCAUCUUCAGACCCUCCUCCUGAACGGUGAUGGCAUCCUUGUCACAACUCCUUAUUGUGAGAAA